GUUGGAGCUAAACUCUGCAGGAAAGUGGAUCUCGAGGGCCAGAGUUGAGGACCUCUGUGCUAGAGUCUCACCUCCGUAAUACUGGUAAAGUGAGAUGGCACAUGGUUUUAACUUUUCUGCUUUGUUUUUUCAUACACAGUAAUUGAUAUUUGGAUAUUCAGUUGAACUAUACAACCAUUUUGAAAUCAAUAAGUUCUUUUAAUGCAAGCAGAUUCACAUAAUGUCCUUCUACUUUUGCAUAUUAAUAUUAGAAAACUACAUUAUCAAUGUAAAAUGAUAAAAGAAGAAUUUUCCCCACUAUUAAAACAGUUAAAAGUUUUAAUAAGAGCCAGAAGAACAUCUUUAAUGUAACUAUAGUCAAAGUGACGUGUUCAGAUUUGUGUGCAAUAGGAGAGUCAGACUCUGUUGUGGGAGGAUUCACACCAUCUUGAGUGUUUCCAGAGAACAGUCGUAUUAGUUCAGACACUGAACAACAGAAGAAAAUGUUUCUCAUGUUUUUGUUCUAUUUGUGCUGCUGGAGCCUGAUCGGUGUGUUUCCUGCUGAAACAAAUGAAAUAAAGUCAGUGAUGGAGGGAGAUUCAGUCACUCUAAACACUGGUCUUACUGAACUACAUGAAGACGACGACAUACUGUGGAAAUACGGAGCUGAAAACUCUCUGAUAGCUAAAAUCAGCAAAGAGAAGCAAAUCUUCUCCACACAUGAUGUUCUUGAUGGGAGAUUCAGAGACAGACUGAAGCUGGAUCAUCAGACUGGAUCUCUGACCAUCACAAACAUCACAACUGAACAUACUGGAGUUUAUGAACUGGAGAUAAAUGGAGCGAAACUGUCAUCAAACACAUUCAAUGUUUCUGUGUAUGCUCCUCUGCCCACUCCUAACAUUAUCAGAGAUUGUUCUUCACCAUCAUCAUCAUCAUCAAAUUGUUCAUUGGUGUGUUCAUCUGUGAAUGUGGGUCAUGUGACUCUCUCCUGGUACAAAGGAAACAGUUUAUUGUCCAGCAUCAGUGUGUCUGAUCUCAGCAUCAGUCUCUCUCUACCUCUGGAGGUGGAAUAUCAGGAUAAAAACACCUACAGCUGUGUGCUGAACAAUCCCAUCAGCAACCAGACUCAACAUCUGAACAUCACUCAAUACUGUUAUGUUACAUGUCCAGAUAAAGGUCUGUCUUUACUGUACAUAGUUCUGAUCUCUGCUGGAUCUCUGUUGAUUGUUGCUGCAGUCGUGACGUGCUGCAUCUGCAGGAAAUGUAGAAAAAAAGUCCAGACAUGGGAGGAAGACAGAACCGAUUCAGCAUUGUGUAAACCAACAACACGACAAAAGAAAUCCAAGACGGAGUUAGUGUAUGAAAAUGUUCCCAAAAAAAGAUGAUCAAGUACUGGAAUUAAUUAGGGAUCCUAUGGGUCUCUGCCUCACACCUUUUGCUUUUAUUCACAUUUAUUUUCUGUCAGAAUGUCUAUAUUUGUUUUUAAGUUGUUAUUGUUUAAAAUGUUGUUGCUCUGUAUUAGUUUAAUUUAGUGGUGCACCAUAGUAUCCAGAAACGUAACUAAGCAUUUUAUGGAAAUGGAUCUAACUUUCAUUAUUAAAAACUGAUCCCACCCUUCA